AUGGAAUGGCUUUUUGGGAAACGAAAAACUCCACAGGAGAUGCUCAAACAGAAUCAACGAGCUUUGAACAAAGCCAUGAGAGAGUUGGAUCGUGAGAGAAAUCGACUGGAGAUGCAGGAGAAGAAGAUCAUUGCGGAUAUAAAGAAAAUGGCCAAGAUGGGGCAAAUGGUACGUUGAGAUUUGUUAUAGUUUUAUUGGUUUAGGAUUCGGUCCGAGUUAUGGCAAAGGAUUUGGUUCGAACUCGUCAAUACGUGAAGAAGUUUAUGAUGAUGAAGGCCAAUAUCCAAGCAGUGUCCUUGAAGGUUCAAACGCUUAAAAGUCAGGAUGCUAUGGCUCAGGUAUGUUGAAGUAUACAUUAACUUUGGUUUAAAGGUUAUAUACUUUGUUCCCUUAAUCUAUAAUGAUUUUUUUUGUAAUUUUGAAUGUAAAUAGUGUUUGUCUUACUGAUUUGCAAUAUUGGUUUAAGAAAAGAGAAGCUUUUUUAUAGGUUAUAUUGUGGUAUAUAUAGAUUAUAUUUUAUAGGUUAUAUUGUGGUAUUAUAGAUUAUAUUGUGGGUAGAUAAUGAAAAUCUUCUUUUUAUUGCAACUUUUUCCAAAAAUAAGGAUAAGAGACUUCGUGUGAUUUUUUAAAUUUAUUGCUUCGAAUUAUAAGAGUUAUUUUGUUGUAAUUCACAAUCUAGUUUUGUCAUUUUCAGGCCAUGAAAGGAGUAACUCGUGCCAUGGGAAGUAUGAACAGACAAUUGAAUCUACCUCAAAUAUCCAAAAUUAUGCAGGACUUUGAAAGGCAAUCAGAGAUCAUGGACAUGAAGGAGGAGAUGAUGGAUGACGCCAUUGAUGACGCGUUGGGUGAAGUGGGUGAAGAAGGAGAAACAGAGGCUGUAGUGCAACAGGUGAGUCAUAUUUUGUUUUUAAGUGAUUAUCUUUAUGAAACAUGAAGUGGAUUAUGAUAACAAGGGGAAUACAAUGUAGUCUUUGUUAAAAAAAGAUAAAAAAUUAUAACAACUGUUUUUACAAUACAUAAAAUGGCAAAAACUUUCUUUACAUAGUUCAAAAUGACAAAAUUUUUCUUUACAAACUUUUUACACAUUGAAAUAAUAUAUUAUUUUGAUACUUAGACUCAAUAUUUUAGGUAUUGGACGAGCUGGGAAUCCAGAUGGGAGAAGAGCUGGCUAGCCUCCCAUCGGCCGAUGCGGCCUUGGGCCAGAAAGUCAACCAAAAACAGCCUCAGGCUGCGGCAAUGAGCGAUAUCGAUGCUGAUUUACAGUCUCGAUUGGAAAACUUGAGGAGAGAGUAA